GCGACGGUCGCGGCUGGCGCCGGGCCGCCGCGGCCCGCACGGCGCCCGCAGCCACUGUGCGCGGCGCCGGCGCCAGUCGCAGCCAUGGACUACCUGCCCGUCGUCCUCGUGCUGCUGGGGACCUUGUCGUCGUGCUUGGCGGGCGCGCCACGGACCACCACCCCCACCACCACCCCCACCGACGAACUGUCCUUCCAGGCGAUGGUGGCCGCACCAGUGAACUUCUCCAGCGAGAGCCGCAUCGUCGGGGGCCAGGCGGCGAACCCGGGCCAGUUCCCGCACCAGGUGGCGAUGGUCGUCGAGGCGGGCGAGGGCGCCGGCAGAGAGACGAGCUUCUGCGGCGGCUCCAUCCUCACCGAGACCAUCGUCGUGACGGCCGCCCACUGCAUACCGUCAGAGACGCGGAAGAUAACCGUUUACGCCGGGGCAAACAGCAUCCAUGACGAGCCGACAAAGCAGGAGCUGGAGGUUGAUUCGUUCAUCGUUCACGGAGGUUUCUCGAAAUAUCGGAACGACAUCGCUCUGGUCCUCUUGAACACUAGUCUGCAGUUCAAUGAACGUGUUCAAGCGAUUCAGUUGCCGCCGAAGGACGUCGGUGCUCUGGUUGGUUCGAAGGUCGUCAUGAGCGGGUGGGGGCGCACUACUACACACGGCGACAUAUCCCCCGUGCUGCGCUACGUCGAGUCCUACGUGCUGCCAAACCCUGUCUGCCAGCUGCCCUACCUCCUGCUGAUGCAAAUCGACGAAUCGCACGUGUGCGUGUCCGGCCUCUUUAAGAAGGGGACGUGCAUGGGCGACUCGGGCGGGCCGCUCUCGACGAUAAAGGGCAAGGACGGCAACGCCACGCUGGUCGGUAUCACCUCUUUCGGCAUGAAGUACAGCUGCCUGGUGUCCUGGCCGCCCGUGUUCACCAGGGUCGCCUCGUUCCUCGGAUGGAUCGAGGACGGCAUGGAGCAGCUCCAGGGCAAGCGCCGGCCCGAGGGCGUCAAGCACCUGUCCCGGUCCACCACGCGGACACCGUGAUCGUCAAGGGUCAAAAGUUUUUAUCGGCACACGGCUCUGCUGGACUUGACGGGUGUGACGGGUGGUGCGACGGGGUCGCGGCCGCUUCCUGCCUCGAGGCGCAAACAAGCCCACGGGGCCCACAGAUAAGAAGAUGGGCCCAUAUGCCAGCCAGAAGGAUUCCUUGAUUCCUUCUUCUUCGGCCAGGAGGAGAAAUGGACGAGAACGGACGGAAAGUAAUUUCUCAUUGAUAAAUUGAAGAGAGGCAUUGUCCCAGUCUGUGA